UCAAACAUUAGAUUCGAGUUGUCAUGACAAAUCAAGGGACGGGAUAGGAUUUUUUGUGUCUGAAUCCGCACGAACACGUGAUCCUGUUGUCAGACACCAAAAUUUCCCCUUUGUUAGAGAUUUUCUGUGGUCCAAAAAUCGGACGACUGGUCCACACCCCUCACAUGUUACUAGUCCGGCUUCCCCACGUAAUAGUCUCUCUCUUCGUUGGGUUACCCGCAUAAUAGCCUCUCACAUGUUGCCAUCCGUAGUUGAAAAAUUGAAGCAAUGUUCGACUCCAACAGAGCUAGAAAGUGUAUGUGCCUCAAUGAUCAGGACCAAUGCCAUCCAAGAUUCUUUCUUUACGAACCAACUCAUCACCGCCUUUUCGACAUUGUCCCGCCUAGAUUAUGCAGUUUUAGCCUUCAGCCAAAUGGAAAAUCUGAACGUUUUCGUCUUCAAAGUGAUGAUCAGAGGCUUUGUUCAUUCCGACCACCCAUUUCAGGCUUUGAAUUGUUACAUUAAUAUCAUGGUUGUGCCUAGCAGUUACACGUUUUCGCGGUUGAUCAAGGCCUGCACCUCUCAACGAUCAGGCCUGCACCUCUUCGUCCACGCCAUGUCAACUGUUAUUUCGGCUUGUGCCCAUGUUGGAGCUCUUGACUUGGGAUUGGGAAAAGAGAGGCAUCUUUACGCAAUGGAGAACAGAUUUGAUCUCGAUGUUUAUAUUGGAUCCGCACUGAUUGACAUGUAUGCUAAGUGUGGCACAUUGGAGAGGCCUCUUUUGGUUUUCUUAAAAUUGCGGGAUAAGAACCUUUUCUGCUGGAAUGCAGCAAUGGAAGGGCUCGGAGUUCACGGAUAUGCAAAUGAAGCACCAGCAAUGUUCUGCAAGAUAGAGAGAGAGAAGAUCAAGCCAAAUGGGGUUACUUUAAAAAGUGUUUUAAGUGCCUGCACUCAUGCAGGAUUUGUAGAAGAAGGCCGCAAGAGAUUUUCAAGCACGAUCCAGGACUAUUCCAUCCGCCCCGAAGUUGAGCACUACGGAUGCAUGGUGGAUCUGUUGAGCAAAGCCGGCCUGCUUGAAAAUGCCCUAGGGUUGAUAAGAAGCAUGGAGUUUGAACCGAACUCUGGUAUAUGGGGUGCAUUGUUAGGUGGCUGCGAGCUUCGUAAAAACUUGGAGAUUGCUAAAUUUUGUGUCAAGGAAUUGAUGUUGUUGGAGCCAAAUAAUACUGGGUGUUCCAACCUUUCGGUGAACAUGUGUGUGGAUGCGAAACGAUGGGGAGAAGUUGCGGAUAUUCGAGCAACCAUGAAGGAACUUGGAGUUGAAAAGGGAUGUCCUGGGUCCAGUUGGAUUGAAACGGAGAGGAAAGUUCAUCAGCUCGCAGCAUCUGAUGAAUCUCAUUCAGCUUCUGAUGAAAUUUACUCAUUGCUGGUGGAAUUACAUGUGCAGCUGAAACUUGACGUUUAUGUUCCUGAACUUGACUCUGAGUUAUAGCGGUGCAGUUUUUAAAACGAAAUUGACAUCCAAAGGAAAAUAUGGGAAUUCAAAUA